AUGAAGCUGGCUUCCAUUCCUGGAAAUGGCAUCAUCCAUUUCCCCCCGAGUUGGGGUGCUGGAAGCUUCGAGAUUUUCAUGCGCUCGUUAAGACCUCAAUUCUGGAAGGCGGCGGCUAACCUUGCGCCCUUUCAUUUGCAGGCCUACAUUCACAGCAGCAGCGGAGUCCAGCUGAUCGUCGAGACCUACAUCGUGAUUGCCCUCAACGUUGCUGUCGUCUUCGGCAUGAUUCUCAUGAACGACGCCGCAGAGUCGAAGGGUGACCCGAAGAAGCGCAAAAUCAUGGCUGUUGUGGGGCUACUCCUGAUGUCCGUCUUCUUCAGCUUCCUCCUCUCCAUCUUCCGCUCCAAAGCGCACGGCUACCCCUACAGUUUCCUGUUCAAGUGAGCGGUUCAGAAAAUGCCUCUUGGAUCGCUCGAAAGUCGCCGAAACGACAGCACCUUGGUUCGCUUGUCACGGGAAGAUUGCUUUUGGAAGUCCUUGUCCUUUCUCUCUUCCCAACACAUCCCUCCCCAAACCUUCCUUUCAUGUUUGUUUCACUGUACAUAGAAGUUAGGCCUUUUUAGGCCUAACUAGUUGAGCCUUUAUUUUUUUCAUUUUUGUUGAUACUGCUUGAAUUGUUUCGGUUCUUUUUUCAUUUUUACUUUUUCAAUAAAGGAGUCUGGAAGAAAACGAUACAUGGGA